AUGGUUGUCACCGUAGAAAACGAGUCUGAGGAAUAUGGAUCCGAUGUGUCGCCCAUCUGCAUGAUCUAUGUUGACACUUGCAAUUUUCCUUCACCUCUCAUAUCUCUCUCUGCCUCUCCCUCCUCUCUGCCCCCCCCCCUCCCCUGGACAGAUGUAGCCAACGGCUCCAGUUCGGGGAGCUACCGGCCGCCCCCCAGGACCAGGGAGGUCCUCAUCAACGGUCAGACGGUGAAGCUCAAGUACUGCUUCACCUGCAGGAUCUUCAGACCUCCGCGGGCCUCCCACUGCAGCCUCUGUGACAACUGUGUGGAGCGGUUUGACCACCACUGUCCCUGGGUGGGGAACUGUGUGGGGAAGAGGAACUACCGCUUCUUCUACAUGUUCAUCCUCUCGCUCUCCUUCCUCACCAUCUUCAUAUUCGCCUUCGUCAUCACUCACGUCAUCCUACGCUCCCAUCAAACAGGCUUUCUCGCCGCACUCAAGGACAGUCCUGCCAGUGUGCUGGAGGUGGUGGUGUGUUUCUUCUCUGUCUGGUCCAUCGUGGGCCUGUCCGGCUUCCACACCUACCUGAUCAGCUCCAACCAGACCACCAACGAAGACAUAAAAGGCUCGUGGUCGUCGAAAAGAGGAAAGGACAACUAUAACCCCUACAGCCACGGGAACAUCUUCACCAACUGCUGUGCAGCACUCUGUGGACCCCUCCCACCCAGUCUCAUCAACAGAAGAGGUUUUGUCCAAUCAGACAUGCCACAACCCAUACCUCCAACCAAUGGCACCACUAUGUACGGAGCCACCCAAUCACAGAGCCAGAUGUGUGACCAAGACCAGUGCAUUCAGAGCACCAAAUUCGUUUUGCAGGCCGCAGCCACGCCCCUCCUGCAGCAGCAGAGUGAGCCGGUCAGCCUGACCGAGGACGGGGGCUCCCUGCCUGGGAGGACGUCCCUGGGGGGCCCCUGCAGCACCUUGCCCCUGGGCCAUCCCACCCCGCCCUCCUCCACCAACAACCUGAGCUGCCACGUCGCGGACAACAUGCUGCCCCUGCGCAGUGAGCACCACCACCAUCACAAGGAUGGAGGAGGGGGGGUGGUGGGGGGGCAUCACCACUUCCUUACGCCUGAGGAGGCCCCCUCGCCCCCGGGCAUGCUUCCCUGCGGUACCCCCCUGGGCCACAGCCACACCAUGCAGACAGGCUUCUUCCACCCUGCCAGCCAGGACUCCCUACAUGAGGACUCGGUCAGAGGACUGGUUAAACUCAGCUCAGUCUGACCACUGGUUCUUCCUGCCCUGCCCCCGAAUACAUCCGUCCAUCCCCCUAAAACAUCCCCCUUCUCCACUUCCUUCUCCCCAUCCUUUAUUUCCUCUCCGACAUCCUCACACACCAGUGCCAAACGGUGGGCCAAAUUUCCCCCUAAACACCACCACAGGACUUGAGACUAUAAGAGGCCGUGGUGUCUAGGCUGCUGAAAUUUGCUCUCGUCAUUCAGCGUCUUGCCAAGCCUCCCGUCAUAGCCAGGGAUGGCAGCCAGGGCGGUAGACUUUGCCAUAGUUAAAGAGACGGUUAAGUGCUGCCCUUCCUGCUCCUCUACGGAAGCACAAGUCACUGCCCUGGGAACCGUACAGACAUUUAAAAAAAGGGUUGUAUGGCUGUGAAUGGCCAAGAAUAAAAAGAGGAAAUGUAUUUGACAAUUGUUUCUUAACGUAUUUUCAAAGGAAAGGAAGAAAUGAAAAAAGAAGAAAAAAAGCUGCUUUAUUUCUUUGGUGAAUCACAGGUCUGGCAUUGGUUUGUAAAAGGGACUUGGCCUACUUGUUGAAUUAAGGAUGGAUAGUGUCUUUGCCUUUCUUCUCAGACAUUCUUGUUGACAGUCAACAAUGCCAUCAGUAACAAAAGUUGAAGUCAUCAUGUCGCAUAUCAGUCAAUUCACCUAUUUUUUUAUGUUAAAGAGACAAUAUUGUGUCGUGCCAUACCAUGGUUUUUUUUCUUUUUCAAAUUGAUAUAUUUCCUGUGGAUAUUAAUAAAAUCACAUCUUUGUAUGGGAUGAGAA